CCUCGGCUCAGCCCAGGGGACAGAUCCAGCCAUGGCUCUGCUUCUGGAUGGCUUUAAUGGCACCCCGGCGUAUCACUGCCUGAUGCGCCGCAGGUUCAAGAGGAGGAGGAAGAAACGCUCAGAGCGCAAAGGGGGGGGGGGGGGUGUCCAGCCAACUUGGAACCAACAAAGGCUGCUGGUCAUCGAACGGGUUGAAACCGAAAGGAUGAGUUCACGCAGCACAGAUGUUAAGGAAAAUCAAGAAUUGGACAACCCCUGUUCCAAAGAGAGAGUUGGAGCUAAAGCUAUACAACUCCCCAACAAGAGUGCUAAGUGCGGCAGGAAGCGUCCCCUUGAGGAGGGCAGUAAUGGCCAUACGCAUUCCAAGUAUAAGCCUAAGAAACGUAAGAAAGUUUCUGGACCCAUUCUGCCCAAGAAUGCGCUCAUGCAGCUGAAUGAGAUCAAACCUGGGUUGCAGUACAAACUUCUUUCCCAGACUGGACCUGUCCAUGCACCCGUUUUUGUGAUGACUGUGGAGGUCAAUGGGCAGCUCUUCAAUGGCUCUGGUCCUACUAAGAAGAAGGCCAAGCAGAACGCAGCAGAGAAGGCUUUGCGUUCCUUUGUUCAGUUUCCCAAUGCUUCCGAAGCCCACAUGGUAAUGGGCCAGACUCUAUCUGUUCAUACAGACUUCACCUCAGACCAUGCUGACUUUCCAGACAUGCUCUUUAAUACCUUUGAGGCAUCUGUCCCUUUAAAUGGCCCAUUUUACCGAGCCUCCAAAAGUAACGGUUCUUUUGCAUCUCUGGGAAUAGAUCAUCCAUUUCUACCCUCCUCCAUUUCCAAACUGGCCCAGUCUCCCUUAGCCCCAGCACCAUCUAGUUUCACCUCCCCAACAAGUGGCAAAAAUCCUGUGAUGAUCCUCAACGAGAUGCGGCCAGGCGUUAAAUAUAUGUUUGUGUCAGAAAGUGGGGAGAGCCAUGCCAAAAACUUUGUCAUGUCAGUGGCAGUAGACACCCAGACCUUCCAGGGUUCUGGUCGAAACAAGAGGCUGGCCAAGGCUCGGGCAGCCCAGGCUGCUUUGUCAGCCCUCUUCAAUAUGCAGCUGGACCAGGCACCAUCCCAACAGCCCAUACCCAGAGAAGGACUGCAGCUUCACCUACCACAGGUCUUGGCGGACGCCGUUUCUCGUUUGGUCAUUGACAAGUUUAGCAAACUGACGGACAAAUUCACAUCUCCACACGCUCGGCGGAAAGUCUUGGCUGGAGUCGUCAUGACAACAGGUUCUGAUGUGAAGGAGGCUCAGGUCAUCUGUGUAUCCACAGGGACGAAGUGUAUCAACGGCGAAUACAUAAGCGAUCAAGGUUUGGCUCUGAACGACUGCCAUGCUGAGAUUGUAGCCCGGCGCUCCCUCAUCAGGUUCCUGUACUCCCAGCUGGAGCACUUCCUCAGUAACAAUGAAGGCGAACACCAGAAAUCCAUCUUUGCCAAGUGUGACAGCAAAGAUGGAUACAGAUUGAAGGAAAAUGUCCAGUUCCAUCUAUACAUCAGCACGUCCCCCUGUGGAGAUGCCCGCAUCUUCUCACCUCAUGAAGCUGGUGUGGAAGAUCAAGGGGACAGACACCCGAACAGAAAAGCCAGAGGACAGCUGAGGACUAAAAUCGAGUCCGGUGAAGGGACCAUACCCGUGCGCUCCAAUUACACUAUUCAGACGUGGGACGGGGUUCUUCAGGGCGAAAGGCUGCUCACCAUGUCGUGUAGUGACAAGAUUGCCAGGUGGAAUGUGGUUGGCGUCCAAGGCUCUUUGAUGAGCUACUUCACUGAGCCCAUUUACUUCUCCAGCAUCAUCCUAGGCAGCUUGUACCAUGCCGACCACCUCUCCAGAGCCAUGUACCAAAGGAUCACAGAGAUCGAGGCUCUGCCUCAGUCCUUCAGCCUUAACAGACCACUGCUCAGCGGAAUAAGUAACACGGAGGCCCGUCAACCAGGAAAAGCACCGAACUUCAGCGUGAACUGGACGGUUGGAGACUCUGGUUUAGAGGUGAUUAAUGCCACUACGGGCAAAGAUGACCUGGGUCGACACUCUAGACUCUGCAAACACGCGCUUUAUAGCCGCUGGACGCGCCUGCACUGCAAGCUGUCCUCCACCUUGCGGAUCCGAACGGCGCAGCCCAGCAGCUACCACGAGGCCAAGCAGGCAGCGGUGGAGUACCAUUCUGCCAAGCAGACCCUCUUCAAAGCCUUCCACAAAGUGGGCCUCGGUGCCUGGGUGAAGAAGCCCAUAGAGCAGGACCAGUUUUCACUCAACACCUGAGUGUCCUGGUGAUUUCGGUAAUCUGCUGGUUCUCCUUUCAGUGGAAGGAUUUUUUUUUUUCUUUUGUCUUA